AUGCUUCCAUCCCUCCAGCGUAAUCUCUUUCCUGCUUUGGCUGUCCUUAUUCUUCCCUGCGGCUACUAUGCCGGAGUACUCCUUCAUGAACAGGAACGACAGGCGAGACUACUCGAACAACGAGAAGCUCUGGCAGAAGAACGCCAGGCCCUACUACAGAAGAUAAAGCUUGCUAAAGAAGAAACUGCUUGA